AUGCCAGUCUCCCUGCACGGUGCUGGGCUGUCAGCACAAGCCCCACCGGUGGACGUGGGGCCCUCAGACCACCUCAUGGAGUCUGGUUCUGACGAUAACGNUGUAACUGUCUGUCUGUCUGUCCUCAGAGCCACCCGUCUCUUCUGUGACGUCUACAACCCUCAGAGUAAAACCUACUGUAAGCGGCUGCAGGUUCUGUGUCCUGAACACUCCAGAGAUCCGAAGGUCCCAGCGGACGAGGUUUGCGGCUGUCCUCUGGUCAAAGACGUGUUCGAGCCAACCGGAGAAUUCUGCAGGGUCUCCAAGAGGAAGUGUAACAAGCAUUACUGCUGGGAAAAACUGAGGCGAGCGGAGGUCGACCUGGAGCGGGUCAGAGUGUGGUAUAAGCUGGACGAGCUGUUUGAACAGGAGAGGAACCUGAGGACGGCGAUGACCAACCGAGCCGGACUGUUGGCUCUGAUGCUGCACCAAACCAUCCAACACGACCCAAUCACCACCGAUCUGCGUUCUGCCAAGGAAAGAUAAGACAGGUGGAGACAGAUGUGGGUAGCUAGAGGACAUGUUUUGGGUCGUAUUCAUACGUAGAAUCUUUAGUCUCACGAAUUAAGCUCAGUGUUGAGGUGUGAACGUGUUCAUUCUUCUGACAGUAUUUUUAUUCAGCUUGAAAGUGAAUCUUCUGAUAAAACACUAAACCCAGAAAAAGAAAACCAGCUGCAGUGUUUACAGUGAACACCAACAGUGAGAACGUUUUCAAAAU